UCUCACGAGUAGUUCAUGUUUUUGUGUUGGGAAGAGGAGAAGUAAUUUAAAGCCUUCUGCAGUUGAAUUUGCGGAACGUGUAAUUUGGACUGCGUUGUGUUCUGGUAGUUCGCGAUUAAGGAUAUUUACGUGCGUUUGUGGAUAAUUCAUCUAAUUAUCUGGCAAAAAAUACGCUUGGUGUAAUGGGGGUUGUACUUCCUCCUUUGGAAUUUACGGAAUGUUUGAGUGAUAGUCCUUAUUUUCGCGAGAAUCUUCACAAACAUGAAAGGGAGCUGGAAAAGACAAAUCAACAGAUCAAGAGGAUUAUUAAGGAAGUGAAAGACCUUUUGUCCGCAGCCAGACAAUUGGGAAACGCCCAACGUUCGUUUGCGAGUUGCCUCAGUGGAUUUACGUUCGAAUGCAUAGGCGGCACACAAACCGACGACGAACGUGUGAUAUGUUCUUCCUUGAAGAACUUCAGUGAUCUCAUAAUUCAAGUCGAAGAAGAGAGAAAUAGAAUGUUAGAAAACGCCAACUCGUCGGUGGUAAAACCUCUAGAAGAUUUCAGAAAAAAGUACAUCGGGGGAGUGAAAGCUGAGAAAAAGAAGUUCGAAAAGCAGACGGCCAAAUUUUGUCAAAACCAAGAGCGAUAUUUAAACAAAACGACCAAAAACCCAAACACUCUUCAAGAGGCCGACGCCUCUGUCGAUAUGGCGGAGCGCCAUUUUUACGCCGCUAGUAUGGAUUAUGUGUAUUUAAUUCAAGAAGUCCACGAAAGAAAAAAAUUUGAAUUUGUUGAAACGUUGCUGACGUUUGUUUACGCGUGGUUUACUUUCUACCAUCAGGGGCACGAGCUAAAGAAAGAUUUCGACCCAUUCAUGAGAGAUUUACAAGAAAAGAUACAAAAAACUAGAAACAACUUCGACGAUUUCAGUGAGAAACUCAAAAAGCGAAUGUCCGAAGUUCAAAAGCAAGAAGAGCCUCUGAGAAAUGUAAAGGGACGCAAAGAAGGUUAUCUCUACCUGUUAGAAAAAAAGGCUUUCGGUACGACUUGGACCAAACAUUUUUGCCAUUAUGAUAAAGAAAGCAAAGAAUUCACUAUGCUGCCGUAUAACCAACUCACCACAAAAUCGUUGGCACAACCGGAAAGGAUGAUGAUCACUUCUUGCGUAAGACGAAAGUCUGAUUCCAUUGAGAAACGAUUUUGUUUUGACAUUCAAGCGGAUAGUAAACCGGGGGUGGUUUACACACUCCAGGCCCUAUCCGAACAAGACCGCACUGCUUGGAUGGACAUAAUGGAUGGGAAAGAACCGACAUAUACUACUCCAAAUAACAAAAUACCAGUAAACACGGAGGAACACUUUGUAUUAGAUGAUGUAGGAAUUCAGUUUGUAAAAAGGUGUAUAGAAGUGUUGGAGAAUCGUGGGUUGGAAGAACAAGGAAUAUACAGGGUUGUGGGAGUGACUUCGAAAGUGAACAAACUUUUGAGCAUGGGAUUGGAUAGGAGAAAAAGCGAGAAGCUGGCUCUCGACGAUCCCCAGGAAUGGGAAACGAAAACCAUAACUAGUGCUUUAAAAACGUAUUUAAGAAAUCUACCGGAGCCAUUGAUGACGUACAGAUAUCACAACGAUUUUAUUGCGGCCGUCAAAAAGGAAUCGAGACAGCAGAGGAUACACGAAGUUCACAAAUUGAUUUACAAAGUUCCGAAAACAAACUUUGAUGUCUUAAAGAUUUUGGUGAAGCAUUUAACAAAUGUUGUUAGUAAAUGUGACAAAAACCUGAUGAACGUAAGUAACCUUGGAGUGUGUUUCGGACCCACUUUGCUCCGUCCGGAAGAAGAAACUGUGGCCUCCAUAAUGGACCUAAAAUUCUACAAUAUCGUAGUGGAAAUCCUAAUAGACAAUUUUGACAAAAUAUUUAGUACUGAACCGGACAACUCUCCCAAAAUGUCUAUGCCAAAUCAUAUCGCUAACGGCCCUUCAAAAUAUAAUCACCUUCCGCCAAACAAUCAUUUAACUACAUUUAAUAGUUUAGAAACUGAAUCGUCAUAUGGCAGCAAUAAUAGGUCGUUUCCGAAUAAUCACGCAGCUAGAGUGUCACCAAGCUAUAGACCAUCAGCAUAUAGCCAAUCGCCUCCAUAUACAUGUACCGUUUCGUCUUAUAUUGAAACGUCAUUGCCACAAAAUUAUAGUGCCCAAGAUGCACUCAUAGAGAAUACAAUUUAUGGCAUGUCCAGAAGUGAGCACCGACCUUCCAGCAGACAGAAGUUUAAACAUUUUCUGCCUGCGGCUAGUUCCCAGUCUGAAUCUAGUAUACCUCAACCAUUGCAAAGCUACAGCCCCACUAACUUUAGGUCUUACAAUCAAUUAGUGGAAUCAAACAGUACAAGCAGUUCAAACGAUUCGUUGUCUUCGACCUCGCGCGAUGGGAACGUGUUGAACAGCUCAAUACCUAAAAAAAGUGAACGCUCAAGUUUAUACGUUGCCUAUCCGAAAGGUUACAAAUCGCCCGGAAACGUGACGCAGCUUACAAAACAAUCGGGGUUUCUUACAACAGGACGGUUCAGUCCAACUAUGCCUAGGGUUCGGCGUGUCAGGACGUUGUACGCCUGUUUGGGAGAACAUGAUGGAGAACUCUCGUUUGAACCAAAUCAGAUUAUAACUAACGUAAAAUCAUCACAAGAACCAGGCUGGUUAGAGGGCACCCUAAACGGAAAAACGGGCCUAAUUCCAGAAAACUAUGUAGAGAUACUUCCUUGACAAGGCGGUUCUCUGUCGAAAUUGUCCAAUUCCUUAAGGCACGGGUUAUGCAAAGCGCUGCAUCUUAGCAGCUCGCACCCGGACGUGACUCCAUCUGGAAGUAGGCUAACAGUGCAUAGGCAAAGUUUAGAUGAAGCCAUGGUCAAACAAACUUGUACGGAAAGAAAAAGUUCCACAUAAGUUUAUUUAUGUAUUGAAUUACUUUUAUCAGAUGCGUUCGUUUCAUUUUCUUAUAUUAAGAAUAAUGGAAAAUGUAAAUGACUUAAGUGUGAAUUUAUCUGAAGAAAAGUAAUAGAAAAAUAUCCCCAAAAUAUAAAGAAUCGGUUAAGUAAAUGGCACACAAUAUGGUAGACAGGUCAAGUUUAUGUUGACUGCAUAUUUAAAACGCCUAAAUAGGGUAUUCUAAGAAAAUAGAAAAAAAAAACACUAAGUACAUUUAACUUAUCUGCUCUGCGUUCAGCCAUAUCCGCUUAAAUUAACAAAACAACACAACUUGGAUUAGUAAAAAAAAAUGAAAUUUUAACUAAAAUCGAUAAAUUGGGUAUCUUACUGUGUAGUGUUUAGUAUUACAUACUUAUAUAGAUUUGAAGUGUCAUGAAUUUUAUUACACCACAAAUGAUAUGCGUUAUCAUUAACUGAGUUAUAGUUGGAAAAUAAAACUUUAUUUGCCAAGGAUUUUUGUCUUGGCCUUUUGAAAAAUGUAUCAUAUGUGCCAAUGAUGCAAAUUUAACAUAUAGUUAAUAUCAAACUAUGUUUUAUGUUAAUGUUAUGGAAUGCUGAUAUAUAUCAUGUAUGAUACCGCCCCUCACUUAAACUUCUUUCCUCAAUAGAGAAGAGAAAUAGGUAAAUUCCACGUUUAGCAGGGUUUGUCUUAUUGUUUCUUGUGAUCUCCAAUUUUGUAUAUUACCAAAAACAAUGUAGUAGUAUACAUUUCAACAAUUUAAUGCAUAUCAGUAUAUUUAGCAGAAUGAGAUGCCUGUAUUUUUGAUGAAAUAGUGAAAAAAAAUUUAAAAAAUGGAAAUAAUUUACUAGUGUCAUAGUUUUUUUUUUCACUAUUAUACUAUUUAAUGUGUACCAUGUACCUUGAAAUUCACAGUUGCUUUUUGAUAUUUGUGCCAAAUAAUUACAUUAGAAGAAAAUAAUUGGCUAUUGCGAGAACAAACUUUGAGAAGCCACUGUGAUUAAACUAAAAUCCGAGUUUUGUUGUUUUAAAUAAUAUAUUUUAUGAACAUUUUACCACAAUCCUCAAGUUUAAAUCCGAUUUAGUGCCUGUUUAGAUCCGAGUGGGGAUUAGUUUAUUAUGUUGUUAAAGUUCUUAACUAUGGCAAAUAUAACACCAAUAUUACUUAUUAAGCCCUAAAAAAGAAUGUAACGUUCACUAUAAAGAUAUUAAUGUUAGGUGGUCUAAUUGUGCUGAAAUUUAGUGUGAUAUUCGUCGUAUGGCAUUUUCUAAUUAUUGUCUGCAAGAGUAUAAUUUGAGUUGAUGAAAAUUGGCGCAAAAAUAAUUACGGCAGUUAUCAUUCCGGUAUACACAAGACUGCUAAAUUUACACACAAAUUUUAUUUGAAAGUAUAAGUAAGCAUAUUCUGUGAUAAAAUUUUAGAUCGAAGAUCAGUAGAGGCGUCAACUUGAAUUAUACAAAAUAUACGUAAUAUUGGCCCAUGUCUAGUUUUCCUGUGAAAUGUAACCAGCAAGUCUUAUGAGAGCAAAUCAAUUACUAGGUGUAAAAAUUAUACAAAUGUAAUAGCAAUAUUCAUAAAUGUUAUAUCGGGACCAUUUUCCCCUACUACACGAAUCAUAUCUUCGAAACAUCCUAAACAAUUUUUGCCGCAUCAUAAUAGUAUGGGAUAAGGAUCGACAAAUUCUAAUGCAAAACACAACUAGUGUUAUGUUAAUAUGCUUACGAUAUUUUUGUUAUAAACUAGCAAUGAAUUUGUUUUGAUUGCUUCAAGAUAUCAGUCAAUGCUUGCAGCUACAUUUUGAAGCAUAAUCUUUUGGUAAUUUUGUUGCUGUCCUUAAAUGUUGUCCAUAAGCAGUUCUGAAAAAUCCUUGCAAAGUUGUAGUUACCUACCGAUGUCCACUUUUACUUUUAUUUAAACUAUCCAAGAGUGGUAUGCUUUUUAUUGUAAAUAAAAUUUCCAUGGAUUCGACUUAUUCAAUUAAUUUUUUUAUGUGAUAUACAUGUUUACCAGUAGAAAAUCAGUUUAGGUAUUUGCAAAAUAUUGUAUAUGAUACAGAAGAUUAACUGGAGAUCGAGGUUAAAUCUGCCCACAUUAUCGGCGCAGAAUGAGAAAAAAGAACUUGGUUGGACCUUUUCUCUCAUUCUAAUAUUCUAUAUAUGUUCUUCCUGUUUUGUGAAAU